CUCCGGGUUCGGUCAGGUCUGGGGCGAGGGGUCUGUUGUUUUCAUUAGUAACUGCCACUUAGAGGUACCACUGCAAAGAAUAUUUGCUGUAUUUAAUACGUUCCAGUUCAGGUUGGAGGCAGGUGGCAAAAAUGGGUUUAGAAAAGUACAUGAUGCUUUUAGACAAAAUGUCACAGUUAAUUUUGGAUGAAAUGGCAAAAGCUGAUUAUGACAGUCUGUUCAACGAUUUUGUUGAGUCUGAGUUUUUUCUGAUUGAUGGAGACUCACUGCUGAUGACGUGCAUCUGUGAGAAAUUCUUGCAGCCUGAACAGGGCCUGCAUUUCUUCUACCUGGCUGAACGCUACCUGGUGGAUCUAAUUAGCAAAGGAGGACAGUUUGCAGUCGUUUUCUUCAAGGAUGCUGAGUACACGUAUUUCAACAUCCCCACACUUCUUCCUCUGAGAAUGGCAUUAAUUCUCCAUCUUCAGCAUAAUACCAACAUUGAUGUUCGAACAAACUUCUCUGGGUGCUUCUCACAAGAGUGGAAAACUUUCCUGGAAGACAGUUACCCAUAUUUUCUGGUUGUUGCCGAUGAAAGCCUGGUCCAUCUACAAAUACACCUUUUCAACUUUUUAAUCCUUCAGUCUUGGGCAAUGAAAGUCAAUGCUGUGCUCUUCUCAGGCCAAACAUCCGACAUCCUUAGACUUUAUGCAUACUUUAUGCCGAGCAAGUACAAAAACCAGGUGUUUUUCCAGAAGAAUGAAAAGGACAUUGAGAAUGCUUAUAAAGCCCUGAUUAAGCAACUGGAGGAAUGUAGAGUUUUAGCAUUAGGACGUCUUUUUGGAAAUUUAAAAUGGAAAAAUAUGAUGGAAGAGGCAUGUGAAACUAGUUCUCUGCUAAAGCAGCUGUGGCCUGAAGGAUCUGACAUUCGGCGAGUUCUUUGCGUUACUUCGUGCUCGCUCUCUUUGCGUGUGUACCAUUACUCUUUAGAAAACAGACCGAAGACCAGUGAUCCUCAGAAAGAUAACAGCCAACAGGUGAAGAGGAGCGGCCCCACCCUGGAGGAGGUGACAGAUUGGUGUAAACUGCACUGUCUCAGUGUGGCCUUUCUCCUCCACCUACCUCUUUCUCAAAGAGCGUGUGCGAGAUUCAUCACUUCCCACUGGACUGAGGACAUUCAGACGUUCUUAAAAGUGAAAAAGUGGUGUGAAUAUUUCAUCCUAAGUAACAUAAAUGUUUUUGAAUUUUGGAAUCUGAAUUUAACUCACCUUUCCGACUUAAGUGAUGAGCUUUUGUUGAAGAAUAUAGCAUUUUACUACGAAAAUGAAAAUGUUCAAGGGCUGCAUCUGAAUUUGGGGACUGUCAUUAUGAAAGAUUAUGAACAUCUCUGGGAUACCGUAUCAAAGCUGGUCAGAAAGUUUGAUGUUGGAAAGCCAUUUCCUCUGAGAACAACACAACUUCCCUUUCUUGAAAACGAUCCAUCACCAAUCAAAGACACCUCCAAUGAAAAGAUGCUUAAUUUGGGUUUUAUUCCAAUGUCAUGUCAGUUGGUUGAUAAGUUUGCUGGAGACAUUUUGAAAGAUUUGCCUUUCCUAAUGAGCGAUGAUCCUAUUGUAACUUCACUGGUCAAGCAGAAGGAAUUUGAUGAGCUCGUACACUGGCAUUCCCACAGACCUCUUAGUGAUGAUUAUGACAGGACAAAGAGUAGCUUUGGUGAAAAAUCUAGAGAUCCUCGUUAUCUUAGAUCUGUGCAAAAGUAUCAUCUUUUUCAACGAUUUUAUGGAAAGUCAUUAGAAUCAGUCUCUUCAAAAUUUGUUACAACUCAAGCUAUCCAGCCAAAGAAGAAUUUCUGUGGAUCCAAGAGCAAAAAGGUACAGGAGACCAAGGCUGAAAAAAUUACUAGAGAGAAUAAGGAGAGGUUAUUGGCCAAGGAAGAACAAAAAGAAGAGAAAAAAUGGAAUGUUCUGUCCUUUUCUAUUGAGGAGGAAAUGAAAGAGAAUUUAAAUUCUGGAAUAAAGAAACUAGAAGAUUUUUUGAAAUCCUCUAAAAGUAGCUCAGUGAAAUUUCGAGUUGAAGUGGUGGGGAUUACUGCCUGCUUGAGAGCGUGGAAAGAACAUUGCCGUGCUGAAGGUGAAACCACGAAAGAUUUAAGUAUAGCUGUUCAACUGAUGAAAAGGAUCUACUCCGUGAUGGAAAAAUACCCAGCACUUUUGCAGGAGGUAGAGCGGCAGCUCAUAGCCAGGUGCCUUAGGUAUCUGGGAUUUGAGGAGUUGGCAAGUUCUUUGCAUCCAACGCAGGUCACAGGAAAUGACAUAAAGGAGAAGAAAAAGAACAAAUACUCAGUUGGCUUGGGGCCAGCUCGGUUUCAGCUGCAGUACAUGGGCCACUAUUUGGUGCGAGAUGAGAGGAGAGACCCAGACCCCAGAGUCCAGGACUUUAUUCCUGACACCUGGCAGCGAGAGCUCCUGGAUGUUGUGGACAAGAACGAGUCUGCGGUCAUAGUGGCCCCCACGUCCUCAGGGAAGACCUACGCCUCCUACUACUGCAUGGAGAGGGUGCUGAGGGAGGGCGAUGAGGGGGUGGUCGUGUACGUGGCCCCCACCAAGGCCCUUGUCAAUCAAGUGGCAGCAACCGUUGAGAAUCGUUUUAACAAAAAUCUGCCCGACGGUGAAACUCUGUGUGGUGUUUUUACACGGGAUUAUCGUCACAAUGCCCUAAACUCUCAGGUGCUCAUCACAGUGCCCGCCUGCUUCGAACUUCUGCUGCUAGCUCCGCAUCGCCAGGCCUGGGUGAAAAGGAUCAGAUACGUGAUAUUUGAUGAGGUCCACUGUCUUGGUGGGGAAAUUGGAGCAGAAGUCUGGGAGCACCUCCUUGUCAUGAUCCGCUGUCCCUUCCUGGCCCUUUCUGCUACCAUCAGCAACCCGGAGCAUCUCACCGAGUGGCUACGAUCUGUAAAACAGUACUGGAAACAAGCAGACAGUAUGAUGGAAAAAAAUACUGCCUCUGCGAGAAACACUGGCUGCCGCGCCAGUUCUCACAAACACCACUUACUGACGAAGCAGUCGUAUAAAGUGAGACUUGUGCUCUAUGGAGAGAGAUACAAUGACUUAGAGAAGCACAUAUGUUCCGUAAACAACCAUGACAUUUCCUUUGACCAUUUUCACCCGUGUGCCGCCCUGACAACAGAUCAUAUUGAAAAGUUUGGAUUCCCUUCUGAUCUUACCCUUUCACCUCGAGAAAUGAUCCAGCUUUAUGAUACCAUGUUUGAAUUCUGGGAAAGUUGGCCCAGGGCUCAGGAGUUGUGUCCAGAGGAAUUCGUUCAUUUUAAGAAUAAAAUAGUCAUUAAAAAGAUGGAUGCUAGAAAGUAUGAAGAGAGCUUAAAGGCAGAAUUGACAAGCUGGGUGAAGAACGGCCACGUCAAGGAGGCCAAAAUGGUCCUGAGGAAACUUCGUCCUCAUUCGGUUGUUAGUUCAGAAAACAUGGCAUGUAUGUUUCCGCUUCUUGUUGAAAAGCUAAGGCAAAUGGAGAAGUUACCUGCACUCUUUUUUUUAUUUAAAUUGGAGGCUGUAGAGAAGAGCGCUGAAAGUGUGAAAAGGCACCUGGAGGUAAAGCAACAGAGCAGAAGGCCCUCCAAGGCUGAUAAGGAGGCCCACGACAUGGCGAACAAACUUCAAAAAGUUAGAAAAUCCCUCGAGAAACAGAAGACACUAGAUGAAAGAAGCCAGAGAAAUCCCAGAAAAAUGGAUCAAAGCUUAAUCCAUGAGGCUGAACGUGAUAACCUGCUCAAGGUUCUUGAGAAGAACUUGGAGAUCCCUCAGGACUGCACGUAUGCUGAUCAGAAGGCCAUAGAUGAUGAAACUUUGCAGAAAGUAUUUGACCGGGUGAAAUACUCGAGGAAAGGCGUGAAACUGAAGGCUUUGGCAGAAAGGGGAAUUGGUUAUCACCACAGCUCUUUGAGUGCCAAAGAAAAACAGUUAGUUGAGAUUCUUUUUAGGAAAGGAUUUAUUCGGGUGGUGACGGCUACAGGGACACUUGCUUUAGGAAUCAACAUGCCUUGUAAAUCUGUGGUUUUUGCUCAGAACUCAGUCUACCUGGAUGCUUUAAACUACAGACAGAUGUCUGGACGGGCUGGACGGCGCGGUCAAGACCUGGGGGGAGAUGUGUAUUUCUUUGAUAUUCCGCUCCCCAAAAUAGAAAAGCUCAUCAAAUCCAAUGUCCCUGAACUGAAAGGGCAGUUUCCACUAAGCAUAACCCUGAUCCUGAGACUCAUGCUUCUGGCUUCCAAGGGAGAUGACCCCGAGGACGCCAAGGCCAAGGUGCUGUCUGUGCUGAAGCACUCGCUGCUUUCCUUCCAGCAGCCUCAGGCCCUGGAGAUGCUGAAACUGUACUUUCUGUUCUCCCUGCAAUUCCUGGUCAAGGAGGGCUAUUUAGAUCGAGAAGGUAAUCCUACGGGCUUUGCUGGACUUGUGUCCCAUUUGUAUUAUCACGAGCCUUCUAAUCUUGUUUUCGUCAAUUUUCUCGUAAGAGGCCUUUUCCAUAAUCUCUGUCAGCCAACCACGAAAGGCUCAAAACAUUUUUCUCAAGAUGUUAUGGAAAAGCUAGUGUUGGUAUUGGCAAAUCUGUUUGGAAGAAAGUAUCUGCCCGCAAAGUUCGAAGGUGCUGCUCUAAAGUUUUAUCAAUCCAAGGUGUUUCUGGAGGAACUCCCUGAGGACUUCAAGGCUGCUCUAGAUGAGUAUAACACGAACGUGACAAAGGACUUUGCCUCCUUCCUACUGAUUGUUUCCAGACUGGCUGAUAUGAAACAAGAACAUCAGCUCCCAUUGUCAAAAAUAGAUUUCUCAGGAAAAGAGUGUGAAGACUCCCAACUUGUGUCUCACUUGAUGAGCUGCAAGGAAGGAAGAGUAGCCAUUUCUCCAUUUGCCUGUCUCUCUGGGAUCUCUGAUGGCAAUUUGCUUCAUCUAGAAGCUUCAGAUCAUGUCACUCUACGCACCAUCGGCAUCGAUGGCACUCGGGCUCCUGUGCUGUGGCCGCAGAAAUUUGAUAACAAAGGAAGAAGAAUGCCACUCAACGCUUAUGCACUUGAUUUCUAUAAACAUGGUUCCUUGACAGGAUUGGCCCAGGACAACAGGAUCCAUGAAGGAGCUGCUUACCAGUUGUUGAAAGAUUUUGGACUCACCAUUAAAUCUAUCAGUGUUUCUUUGCGUGAACUGUGUGAAAACGAAGAGGACAAUGUGGUCUUAGCAUUUGAACAACUGAGUGAAACCUUUUUUGAAAAAUUUCAGAAAAUCUGAAAACAAAGUCUAUCCACAUUACUUAAAGGAUUGCCAUGGGCAUUUUCGAGUCAUGUUUUAUGAUUCUCAUGCUUUUUGUUGGGAAUACCUGUAUGAUGAAGUAGAAAGGGAAGCAGUUUGGAGUCAGGGUUGUGAUCAAACCUGCCCUGCUCUCCUGUGAGCAUCCUUGGAUGGAUCACUUAGUAUCUCUGAAGCUUGGCUUCUUUGUAUCAUUUAGUAACAAUGGUUAUGUCUCAGCUAGUUUGUGGAUUGAUUGAGAGAUAAAAAAGGAUUUUAUAUGAGGCUGAAGAGCAAUGUCUACUCUGUGAGGCCUAAAUGAAUACUACAUUCUCAACGUUUUUCUCUUCUAGGUCAUAAUUUGUAAAAAGUCUAUCAAGGCUAGCAUAAAUGAUUACAGUAUCCUGAUGCUGAAAUAUAUUCUCUCUAAUUAAUUUGAGUGUGGUUCCAUGACUUAGAUAUACAACUGUUAGAAGAGUGCCUGUAGUGAACGUAAAGUACUUUUUAUAAAACAUGAUGGGAGUUUUGGUAUAAAUUCUAGGAUGCUUUGUAAUAAAACAUAGCUGAUGAUUUGGCUUGAUUUGAAUUGUAUAUAAGUAACUGAAAAACCACAAAUAAAUAA